CAUUUUUGAGACCCCCCUCUCUCCCUCCCUAGUUUAGCUCAUUUACUCCAGGUGCCUUUUGUGAGGAGGACAUCAUUGGUGUCCGUAGAGGAAGUGUUUAUCAAACUAUUCGGGAGGGAAAAGGACGUUCCUUUUUGCUUUUUUUUUUUUUUUUACAGUGAAAUUUCUGACAGGUGCACUCUGUUAUUCCAUGGAUUCUAACAAGUCAGCGGCUGUUCCAGACUGGGACAACGAGAAGUCCUCAAUGAUCCAGAACCCACCUCCACCUUAUUACGACAACCCGGGAGUCGCUCCGCCGGGCCAGGCUUGUCCCCAGCAGGGUUAUGGGUACCCCCCGCAGCAAGGUGCCGUGUACAACCAGCAGGUAUACACACCGGGCCAGCAGUACCCGUUGCAGCCGGGCCAGCAGUACCCGUCGCAGCCGGGCGCCAUCGUCAUGCAGCCCACCGUGUACGUCACCCAAGGCCCUCUGACCGACCCCGUCAACGACUACAUGGGCUACUCCAUCUUCACCAUGCUCUGCUGCUGCCUGCCGCUUGGAAUCGCUGCCCUCAUCUACUCCAUCUCAGCCCGGGAAGCCAACCACGCCGGUAACCGGAUCUCUGCAGAGAGGAACAGCAGGACCGCCAAGACGCUGAACAACGUGGGUCUGGGGAUCGGGCUCGCAUCCCUCGUCCUUUCCAUCAUUUACAUUGUGGUGGUCGUCAUCAUGGCUUCCGGACAUUAGUGUCUCCAUUUCAUACUUUUACUGUGCAUGGCUCGGUUACAUAACGAGAAGCUGCCCUGUGUUUGCAUUAUUGAAUAAUGGUGUUGAUGAGAAUGCAAUCAGUGUUUUUUGUUUUCUUUUGUUUUUUUAUCAUCUUUUUUUGUAAUCAAAGUGAUUAAAUACCUGCUUCUCUUCUGGCAGUUUUAUUUUUAUAUAAAGUAAUGUUUUUUUUGUUACAUUAUUAUUUCAGACAAAGUUGGACAAUCGGCCUCUAAAAAAAAUCAGCAUAAAUGUAGAAGAAGUGGAGCUGCUGUAGCGGACGCAGCUUCCUCUUAUUGGCUCCGACUCGAUCUGAUCGCGCUCCGGAUCAAACCGAACCGUACCGACUAUUUGGCAAUGACUUUGUUUUCCAGUUUUCUGCUUUUUCCAAACCAUGCUUAAAAGGCUUUGUUUCUCAAUAAAGAACAUCUUUAUAAAUAAAAGCGCAACGCAAACCA